AAGGAUAUGUAGUUGCGUUUUCCUAUAUUCGUGUGCGAUUGGGACGCGAAUACCGCUUUCGUGAGCUCGAGUCGGAUUGUGCCGUGUUACCAUGAGUCCUAGUCUUACUGCGCAAGGGGACAGUACUGCCUUUGCAUGUCCUGCUCCUACUGCGGUGGUGCCGCUCUACUCGAAAGUCUCUCAGACUCGUCACAGAGUGGUAGCGUCCUAGUGGCCAUCCUUCCCCCGUCACGCCAAUCGAUACAUGAUGAAGCUUAUAAAUACUGCCCUACCACAAACAUUGCCCAAGGAAUGCGAGAAAGCAGCCAGAAUCUUUAGCUCCUUCGUCGACAGUAAGAAUAACGGUCUCGAUGGCGUCAUCCCGCGAAACGUACUUGAGAAUGCCAAAGGAUUUGCUAUCUUUACUGUCUUCAAGGCCGGGUUCUUAUUCUCAGCCAGGGCCGGCACUGGCAUCGUCAUCGCAAAGUUAGGUGAUGGAAACUGGUCUGCCCCCAGUGCAAUUGGAUGUGCCGGUUUGGGUGUAGGAGGCCAGGUUGGUGCAGAAUUGACGGAUUUCUUGAUUAUCCUUAACUCAACUUCUGCAGUUAAAUCGUUCAUGUCUUCCGGGUCGUUAACGCUUGGUGGAAAUCUGAGUGUCGCCAUUGGGCCUCUAGGCCGCAACGGCGAAGCACUUGGUUCCGUAAACUCUAGUGGAAAAGUUGCUGCAAUGUACAGCUACUCAAAGACAAGGGGGCUCUUCGGAGGAGUCUCCGUCGAAGGGUCUGUCAUCGUCCAGCGCCAGGAUGCCAAUGCGCUUGCGUACAAACAAGAUGUCACGGCUAAGAUGCUUCUUAGUGGUGCCGUUCCUCGUCCAGAGUGGGCGUCUUCCCUAGUCAGGACUCUCGAAGCGUGUACUGGCAUUCCGGGAACGAGAAGAUGGAUCGAUGACCGUGUUGAUGAACCAUCUUCAUACCCGUUUGAUAUCAGUGGCGGUACUACGGCUCCCGGCGGUAAACCUGCCUCGCCUCAGGUCACACCCACAGGAGGACGUCAGCGUUCUUCGCUUUUUGGCAAGAAGAAAGGUCUAGAAUUCCCUCCACGACACUGGGUCACGUCAAAUGAUUAUAGCUCGUACUCUGACACCACCGGUGACUUGGGCCCUCCUCCCGAGACUUUUGACUCGACGUUGUCGUCUCGCCCUUUGGAUCGACAUCGCGCUUCGCAGAGUAUUAGCUUGGAUAGGCGGCACAUUGGAUCAACAUCUGGCAAUGACCGUGCGUCUUCUUUACUUGAUUACGAGACUUUUUUCAUUGGGGGACUGGCAGUUUCACAUUACCGUUCACUUAGUGUUCCCUCCACCACGCAUCAACCGCCAAACACUGUGCCGAAUUAUGAUGACCCAUUUUCUGAUGUUCCUCCGCAUUAUCAGAAUUCUCUUCCUGUUGGAAAAGCAGCGGAUGGUCUCGAGCAGCCGUUUGUCAUCGAUGCUAAGCGAGAACUGACUCAACCACUUUCUCCUCAGGAGGGAGUCGCUCGCGCUAUUGCGCUUUUUAACUUUCAUGCCGUCGAGGCUGGUGAUCUUACUUUCUCGAAAGGAGAUGUUAUCGUUGUCACUCGUAAGAGUGAUAGCACGGACGACUGGUGGACCGGGAAAGUUAAUGGCAAGGAAGGCAUCUUUCCGGCCAAUUUCGUGGAGCUUGUAUGAUGAAUCAUGAUAGCGCAUGAGCAUGAGCAUUGUAUUGCAGCUAUUUUCUUUUUGCAUAUGCUGUCGACGUUGGCUGUCGUGUAUAUGUACUAUGCUUUGGGUUAUUUUCCUUCGAUUCAAACUUCUGUAAUUACGGACCCGGACUAGUGUUGAUCGGAAUUCUUCUCCCCGUCAGAGUUCUGGCUCACUUCGGAGUGGUUACCCUUGGAGGCAAAAACUUGAACGCU